AUGAAAUUGAUUUUCUUAAGUCUACUUGUUGGCUCAUUGGGAGCUUCACCAGCGAUCAGACGUGGAGCCCCCAAUCUUCCUCCAGAAGGUCCCAAGAAUCUGGUUCCUUAUGAAAUCAAGGGUGAUGGUUACCCAGAAAUCGACCCUUCAUACAUACCGACUUCUCAAACAAAGGCCCCCGUUCUGAUCUGUGAUCAACAGGGCAAGCCUAUCGUAACAGAGCAAUCAUCCACUCACGGCGCCGGAUCCGUCGCGGCGCCCACGAAGACGGAAGUCCAAAAGAGCGCGGAUGGGCAAGGUAGUGCUUCUUCACGCAAAUAG